GUCUGUGAGAAAAAACAACUACGAUUUUUGUGUGCUUAAAAUUUGAGAUAAGCAAUUUCAAAACAAACACUUGUUGAAUUCAAAAAGAAAAAGAAUUUCAAGAAAAUUUUGGUCAAAUUUCUUUCAAAUUGGCUUUAAUCAACGAUUUAAAGUUUGUCAAGGCUCUUAAUUGGUAUAUUUCAAAUUUGGAAUAUAAAUUAAGAGCUAAAAUCAAAAUGAAGUCAGAAGACAAAAGUCCUACUUCUCGAGUCCGUCUAGCUGUGAUUGGCAGCGGUGGCGUUGGUAAAUCCGCGCUUACCGUAAGAUAUUUGACAGGCAGAUUUAUUGGAGAAUAUCGUUCCAACACAGAUUUGUUAUACAAUAAAAUAAUCAAAUUGGAAGGCGGCUAUACGGAAGUCGAAAUUGUUGAUGUAUAUGCCGGAAGUGAGGAUGAUUUUCCCAUGGAACAAGUAUUAUGGUCUGAUGCCUGCAUGAUAGUCUAUAAUAUUACAGAUCGCACUAGUUUCGAGUAUGCUGCGAAAUGUUUAGCAGAACUCAAAUCACUACAAAAUGGACCGAUCGCAUAUCUUGUGGCCAAUAAAGCUGAUUUGGAUCAUUUACGUAAAGUGCAAGAAAAAGAAGGCGCUGCAUUGGCAGCAACACACUCAAUUGGCUUCUGUGAGGUGUCCGUAGCAGAAUAUACACCGAAUUUGUGCAAAGCCUUUGAGAUACUUUUACUAGAUUCACGUGCUCGUCCACACAAAACGCAUAGGAAAUUUUCAGUGACCAAGAUGUUGGGUACAUUAAUUGGGGGCGGCAGUAGCAGUAAAACAUUAGCUGCAAACCAUGGAACAGUCAUACCAUGUCAUAAAGGUGAAUUGCACAAAUCACGUGUCCUGAAGCGACGCCAAGGAUUUGCUGCAACAACAAGUCUAUGACCGAUACCAGAAACUGAUUGGUAGGAUGAGGAGUUAAGUGAGAGGCGCAUUGAUAAAGACUCUAAGGUGAAGAAUAAAGAUGUUAAAAAUGAUGAUGAUGCCGAUGAUGCACCUGGUGCAAGUUGUAUUGGUUGGAGUAGAAAGGGAGGCUAAUUAAUUAAUGCGCUAAUCAUGGCUAAAUACUAAUACAAAUAAAAUUGAGAUAAGAAUUGUAGGACAAUUAACUUUAAGUACAAGAAAACAAUAAGUGUAAGGAAAAAUAAUUGGUUAAAUAAUAUCUAUUAUA